AUGGCCUCUGCAUCCAGCUGCAUGCUAUCCACUGCCAAAGAUACCUGUUCGAUUCCUAAGUUUACGCUUGAAAGCCUUCUGCAUUGUCUAAGCGAAAUACUUGGAAGGGGGGCAUCCGGAAUCCUUUAUGCUCUUGAGGGAUACCCAGCCUUAGCUGUCAGAGAGAUUCAACUUGAUAGUUUCACAGAGGACAUUAUAAAGGAUAUACAAUGCAACCUGCUUGUUCAUACCAGGCUUUCCCACCCACAUGUCCUCAGGUGUUACCAGGUACUCUGCGAUGGAGAGUUCAUCUACGUUGUUGUAGAUUGCUACAGGGAAACCAUUGAGAGCAUGAUCAAUAGGCAUAAAAGAGCGAGGCAGCCUGUCUCCGAACAAGACAUUUUUCUCAUACUUGAGCAAGUAGCCUCUGGUCUUGCAUACCUCUACGACUCGGGGAAGAUAGCUGCCAACGGAAAGCCCCUCCCAGUCAUCAUCCACGGAGGUCUCACACCUACCAGUAUCCUUGCUAGUGAUAAUGGCAAGCACUUUGUCCUCACAGACUACGGGCUUCCCAGAGAGCUCUUACAAAAUGGGGUCAGUGCAAGUAUCUUUUCCUAUUCUGCUCCAGAAGAAGUUAUUUAUAGCAAACACAGUCCUGCGUCAGACGUUUGGGCUCUUGGCUGCAUCAUCUAUGAGCUUGCCACAUUGAGCAGACCAAGCUUUGCAAAUAGUGACGAUUCACAAUCAGCAUUCACAAAUGACUGGAAGCCGAAUCUAACCUCUGUCCAGAGUCCUCUCCUUAGGGAACUCCUCAGAUAUAUCCUUGUUCUAGAUCCCGAGGCCCGUCUGUCUGCCAAGGAGCUCGUUAGUCUGGCGAGAGAUCAAACGCUAAUAGAACUACUGAUCAGUAAAGAGCUCAGGACACAGGUGGUAUCUCUUCAGCGUGAGUGUGAGAUCCUCAAGCAGACACUUGAUAGUUCCAACGAGAACCACAGAGCAGAGCUGACUUCUCUCAAGGAGAAGCUCAACAGCAAAUCUACUGAAAUUAGCUCUCUAAAGAGCAUUAUCGAGAAGCAGUCAGCUGACAUAAUUUCCCUCCAAAAAGAGGUUAGGGCCAGAUCAAGCAGAAUUGAUGGCCUUGAAACCCAGUGUAAGGGUUGCAUUUCCCAGCUGCAGGCACUUCAAAAGAAUAGUCAGCAGCAACAGCAACAGUUCUCUAAAGCCACGGAAGAACUCAGGAUGCAGGUUUCUCGGGGUUUUAGGCUAAAUAACCUCAUUCCCAUGUGUGAUUCCUCUUGGACCCCGCUUAUGCAUGCUGUGGUUGUCGGAGAUGCGAGAGCGGCUAAGAAGUAUAUCGACAAUAACAGAAAUAAGAUGAAUAAAGACGGAGAUACAGCGUUGACACUUGCAGCGAGAAUGGGACAUAAGGAUAUUGUGGAGCUCAUAGAUCCAACUGACAAGGAUGGAGUCACGGCACUCAUGCGGGCCGCAGAUAGAGGGGAUGUGGAGGUCGUAAAGCUCUUGAUUCCUCUUCAGAAAAGAUGUCAGGCUCCAGGGAAAGCCUAUAUCAAUGGGUAUACAUUAUGCAAUCGAACAGCGCUUAUGGGCGCAACAAUAUAUGGACAUACCGAUGCUGUAAAGCUACUCAUGGAGCAUGAGGGAGGCAUGAAAGACAACACUGGUUGGACUGCUCUUAUGUACGCUGCACUCACUAACCACACUGAGCUUGUAGGGCUUUUAAUGAACGUGGAAGAAGGGGCACAAAACAGCGAGGAUCGUACUGCCCUCAUGUAUGCAGCUCAAUCUAACAACCAGAAUUCAGUUAAACUCUUACUGAAAAAGGAGGCCUGUAUGAAAGAUAAGAAUGGCAUAACCGCUCUUAUGAGAGCAACGUGCAAUAACAAUCUAGAAUGCGUGAGACUUCUUGCAAGCAAAGAAGGGGACAUAAAAACUACUCAUAAUGUCUAUUGGGAAGAUGACGAUCAGGCCUAUCCAUCUGAAUCAACAGCCUCAGACAUAGCCAGGAGGAAAGGCUAUAGAGAAGUACUUUCUAUUCUUUCUAAGCAGUCCUCAAAAUAA